UCCCAGUUCCCGUGCCUCUCCACCGCCCGGGUUCUCCACUCUGCAUCCCCAGGGUCCCUUCCCAGCGUCUCCUCCCCCAGCCCAGCUUGGGGGACCUAGCGUAUCCCGGGGGGACCGGAUCACAGCAGGUGGAGCGGCCAGGUGAGCCCUGAAAGGUGGGGCUGGGCGGGGGCGCUCCGGGCCCCACCCCGGGAUCCGGUGACGCCGGGGCUGGAAUUUGACACCGGAUGGCGGCGGGCAUGAGGCUGCUAAGGGAUGGAGUUGGGCUCGGCCCCCAGACACGGCCCACGGGCUCUGCCAGCAGCAGGUCCCUUGGGCCCCAGCCCUCACUGCGUCCCGGACCCAGAACCCUGCACCGCGGGCGCAGACUGGCUGCCAAGGCCACGCUUUUGGCUGAAAGGGGCGCUGCCAGGUGCACAGCCCUGGGCAUGAGCCUUUUAAGCUGCGGAGGAAAGCUCAGCACUGGUCCCAGGAAAGGUGCCUAGAAGACCACAGAGGAGGACCCCUGUGAUGGAGCCCGGAUGUGGAAGCCCUUCUGUGCUGCCCCACUGGCCCCCGCCUAGGCGGCAGCCGGCCCUGUGGCCAACCCUGGCCGCUCUGGCCCUGCUGAGCAGCGUCGCCGAGACCUCCCUGGGCCCCGCGCCCCGCAGUCCCGCCCCGCGCCUCGGCCCCGCUCCGGCCCCGGCUCCCCCCACCGGCCACCUGCCCGGGGGCCGCGCGGCCCGCACGUGCGGCGGAAGAGCCCGGCGGCCGUCGCCCCAGCCGCCCCGGCCCGCGCCCCUGCCGCCCGCGCCCUCGCCAGCGCUGGCCCGCGGGGGCCGCGCGGCGCGAGCCGGUGGCCGGGACGGCCGCGCGAGCCGGGGGAGCCGCGCGCGGACGGCGGGGGCGCGGGGCUGCCGCCUGCGCUCGCAGCUGGUGCCGGUGCGCGCGCUCGGCCUGGGCCACAGCUCCGACGAGCUGGUGCGUUUCCGCUUCUGCAGCGGCUCCUGCCGCCGCGCGCGCUCCCCGCACGACCUCAGCCUGGCCAGCCUGUUGGGCGCCGGGGCCCUACGGCCGCCCCCGGGCUCUCGGCCGGUCAGCCAGCCGUGCUGCCGCCCCACGCGCUACGAGGCCGUCUCCUUCAUGGACGUCAACAGCACCUGGAGAACCGUGGAUCGCCUUUCGGCCACUGCCUGCGGCUGCCUGGGCUGAAGCCUCGCUCACGGGGUUGGCGGACUA